ACAGUUGUUUUAAGUGUAGUUUGAGAUUAAGAAGAAUUAAUACUGAAACCUAAAGAUUGGAAGUGUGUUUAUUAAGUUACAAGACACUUGUCAAACGUAAUCCUUUGUUGACAACACAUUGGGAUUGUUAAGCUCUUUCUGGAAUUACAUAGGAAGUUGAGUGGAUUGUUUAAUGGUUAUUCACUAAAUAGGAAGUGAUAUUUACUGCAGAAAUGCAGCAUUUGAAUGGACUUAGCAAGUUUGUAAGGAAGAAGACUUCAUCUGUAUUUCAACGGUCUGAAGCAUGUUUGGUCAACAAAGAUAAUCACGUUUUGCUACCUGAAAUCCAACCAAAACAAGUGUCUUGUUUGUGUUUGGCAGAUCAUUCAACAUUUUUAUAUAGUGAAUCUGAUGGGAUAGUUUUGCUGGCAAACACUGACAGUUUUGAAGUUUUGAAAAGAUGGUCUUUUCAUACCUUAGAAGUAACGAAGCUUGUUUAUGGUCAUGUGAUUCAACACGCUUUUAGUGCAUCAAGAGACAAAUCUGUGAUAGUUUGGAGAAUUGAUCAAGAUGGAAAAGGUCAAGUGUUUAUUGGUCAUCAGCUGGUGGUCACAGGUCUAACAGUCAGUCCAGACAACCAACUUCUGUGUACCGGUUCAAGAGACAACACUGUCCGGAUAUGGGAUGUUUCUACUAGUCAAUGUAUUUGUUGCAACCAGUCCUCAAGAAACCUUGUUACAGACAUGAGGUGGGCUCCUGAAAACAACUUUGUUAUCCAAACAAGUGAGGACAAGUCAGUUCGUAUGUGGGACAGUAGGACACUGGAGGUGUGCAGCAUUCUUGGCAAAAAAAUGCAUAUCCAGUCUUCGUGUGCCAUUAGUAGUGACAGCAACUUUUGUGUAACUACGAGUGCUGGAUUUUCAUCGGAAGGCUGUGAAGUCACAUUGUGGGAUCUUCGAGAACGUCGCCUCGUCGAGGAGUUUAGAGAACAUGAGCAGGCUGUGAUGGCAUCAACAUUUUUACCAUUGAAAACUGAGCUAACCAAAAGCAGUCAGUACCAUUUUGUUUCCGGUUCUAAAGAUGGUAUGAUCUGUUUGUGGAACAAAGAUAAAAUUGGUACGUUUGAAAAAAAUAGUUAUGUUUGCUCAUUAAAUAUGCUUUAUGUCUUUGAUUCCUUUAAUAAAUGAAACGUAGUACUUAAAAUAAAAAUGAAGUAGGUAAAAACUUUGAUUUUUAUAUAUAUAUAUAUGCUGUUUUUCAAUUAAGUAUGCUUUAUGUCAUUGAUUCCUUUAAUAAAUGAAACGUAGUACUUAAAAUAAAAAUGAAGUAGGUAAAAACUUUGAUUUUUAUAUAUAUAUGCUGUUUUUUUAUGUCUGUAAAAACAACGUCCAUAAUACAAGUACAUAAGGAUGUUCUUGUUCUUGAUUCUUCAAACUAUCCAAGUCUUGUGAGAAAAAAUCUGUUGGUUCUAUUCAAAGAAAAAUAUGUUUGCAUUUACAUGUGUGUGCACAGCUUUGAGUUAAUAUUUUUUGUCCCUACUACAAUUAAUGAAAAAUAAGAAAGUGUUAUGUUUUGAACUACGCACAUACAUGAAUGAAACGUGUCGAAACUGAACUGUCAUUAAAGAACAAGUAAUAAAAAGCUUCGCAGUAGAAAUGUGUUUUGAUAUUUAGUUGAUGAUGUUUCAACCUAGAGGACUGGAUCGUCAUGAAGUUAUAUUCUUUUACAGUUGAUAAGUAUUUACGUUGAUUGUUUUUUUUAAUUAUAAAUUGGUUAACAGUAAUUAAAAAUUAUGAGGAUUGUUUUAGAGUUAAGUCAGUAAAAGUAGAGAGAAGAUCUUAGAUAUUAAAGUUUUGUACUUUUGAUCAGCAUUUUUUUUUUUUUCAAUUUUUCCAUCUGUUCAGGUCGGUUUCUCUACGUAUAAUAUUAACAUUGUCUUGAGAUGUGACAGUUUUUUUCAUUUCCUUGAGAUAAAAGUUAGUUAUUCAAACACUAGAUACUUCGUCCA